GUCUUGAAGUCAGCAUGGACAUGAAUUUGUCAGCGCGUUGGGCUUUGGUUCUUUUUCUGUUGGCAUUUGUAGAUUUGAAAAUAGUCUCUGCUACAGACAAGCCUGGAGUGUGCCCUCGAUGGGGCAUAGGGAUAUGUGUAGAGUCAUGUUCCAAUGACAGUGACUGCCCCAAUGAUGAAAAAUGCUGCUUCAAUGGAUGUGGUCAUGUCUGCAUUGCACCUUACACAGACAAGCCUGGAGUGUGCCCUCGUAGACGAUGGGGCAUGGGGAUAUGUGCAGAGUUAUGUUCCAAUGACAGUGACUGCCCCAAUGAUGAAAAAUGCUGCCACAAUGGAUGUGGGCAUGACUGCUUUGCACCUACACAGUGAAGCCCGGUCGCUGUGUCCUGCCCAAGGGGACCUACAUGUGUGCCGAGUACUGUUACAAAGAUGGCCAGUGCCCCGAGGAACAGAAGUGUUUCCGGAAAUGUUGAUUCUACGCCUGCAGUGAGCCAUUGAAGCUUUAUUGGAAAUUCUUAUUAGUUAUAAGAAAUAACUAGAAAAUUCUAAUUAUUACAUGUACAAUUAUGUCUAUGAAAACUGAUGACUUUAUGCAAUAAUAAAUAUGAAAAAUAAUCAUAGCUUUUAUGGAAACUGGACAAACUUCAUGGACGCUCUGUGAAUUGACAAACUCACGUGGAUUGCUGAAUUUGAAUAAAACCAGAUUUUGAACACC